AUGUCUUCUGCUCCUUUGUUACAGAAAGCGCCCGGUAAGAAGAUUGCUCUACCCACCAGGGUCGAGCCCAAGGUUUUCUUUGCCAAUGAGCGGACGUUUUUAUCGUGGUUGAAUUUUACUGUGAUGAUUGGAGGGUUGGGUAUCGGUUUAUUGAAUUUUGGUGAUAAUGUAGGUCGGUUUAGUGCUGCUUUAUUUACAUUAGUUGCCAUGGCUACUAUGAUGUAUGCAUUAGUCACUUAUCAUUGGCGUGCAGCAGCGAUUCGUCGUAGGGGCACCGGCCCCUAUGACGAUAGAAUAGGGCCUACGAUGCUUUGUUUCUUUCUAUUAGUAGCUGUUAUUGUGAAUUUUAUCUUACGUUUGAACUAUCAAUCAUGA